GGAUCUCCCGCACUGGUGUUGCUGAGCCCUUUUCUCCCCUAGGCUGGGGCACCCACGAGGCAGGCGGUGAGAAGGUCCCAUCCGGCAUGGCAGCGGGUGCUCCACGUCCCCCGCUCUCUCCCGCAGGACCGAGGAUGUCCUCGAUGUUCGGCAAACCCCGAGCCAGCAGCGAGCGGCCGCCCCAGAGUCCCCUCCCCGAGUGCAACGUGGCCAUCCUGGGGUGCAGAGGGGCCGGCAAGUCAGCUCUGACUGUGAAGUUUCUAACCAAGAGGUUCAUCAGUGAAUAUGAUCCCAACCUGGAGGACACCUACUCCUCAGAGGAGCUGGUGGACCAGCAGCCUGUGCUCUUGAAGGUGAUGGACACUGCUGACCAGGAUGGUCCCGGGAACUGCGAGCGCUACCUGUGCUGGGCCAGCGCCUUCCUUGUUGUCUACAGCAUCGACAACAGGAAGAGCUUCGAGGGCUGCCAGCGCUACCUAGAGGUGCUCGCCCUGCAUGCGCAGGGCUGCCAGCGCCGCUGCCCCGUGCUCCUGCUGGGAAACAAGCUGGACAUGGAGCAGUACAGGCAGGUGCUCUCAGCAGAAGGGAUGUCCCUCGCCAGCAGGUUCGGGUGCCUCUUCCAUGAGGUGUCAGCAUGCCAGGACUUCUCUCGGGUGCAGCACGUCUUCCACGAGGCCGUGCGGGAGGUGCGGCGCCAGGCCGAGCAGAACCUCCCCCUGGGGCCACUCUUCAUCUCCGAGGAUCGGCCCUGCCCGCCCGUGGCCACAUCGGUGGCCCUGCCCACCCACCACUGCUUGGCCACCUGCACUUUCAACACCCUCUCCACUGUCAACUACAAGGAGAUCCCCUCGGUGGCCCAGGCCAAGCUGGUCACUGUCAAGUCCUCGCGGGCUCAGAGCAAAAGGAAAGCUCCCACGCUAACCUUGCUGAAAGGCUUCAAGAUAUUUUAGGAGACAUCCCUGUGGGCUGCAGAGAGGAAGGAGAGAGACCCUCAUCCAUCCCCCCAGCUUCACAGGAGCUGAGACCUUCCAUGAUGGACUCACAGGCAUUGCAGCAGCCACUGGCAGACAGUGGUCCCCGUCUCCACUGGGCAAAGCCAGCAGUGGCAACUUGGCGAGCAGGGAGAGUGCCAAGGGUCUGACAUGGACUGUGGCAUCCCUCUGCCUGCCCCUGCCCACUGCUGCUGAGGUGUUUGCACCCAUCCUGCCACUGGCACUGGGGCCAGCUCAAUUUUCUGUGAGGAUGCAGCAGUUCCCAGAGGAGCCGGAGCUGUGGAUACCAUUGGAAGGGCAAGGGCCAGCCCCACAGCCACCAGCCAUCUUGGGCACUUGGCACACGGCUACAGCACGGAGACACCCAUCUCAUUAAUCCCACAGGUCCCCGACUAAGCAAUAAGUAGGAAGAAUUUUAAUUUUUUUUAAAAUCCAGAUAAAAAAGAUGCAGAUACCGUUUCAUCUGCUUAAAGGCCUCAGGUGGCCUGAAACUGAUACCACACAUCAAGCUAAGUCACACCAAAAUUGCUGCUUUUUAAAAUCAACUUUUUAUACUAUAGCAUCCCUUUCCAAAUGUUUUGCAAGGAGACACUUUGCUGACAAGGACAUGGUCUGAAAAGCCUUUGUUUAAAAGACUGAUGAAUUUCCAACAAUGUCCUAAAUUAGUUCAUGGCUUUUACACAUACCCAGUGAAGGACACAAAGGGAAUCCUGGAGCAGACCAUGCUCUA